AAAUAUAUAAAAUAUUAGCGAAUUUUCUACUGGCAAACCGUUUUCUUAAUUUAAGAUUAUAACAUUUAAUAAAACUUUUUUUUAAAAAAAAAAAUUUUAUUUAAUAAAAAAAAGAAAAAAAAAAAAGAAAUGACACACGCAACAAUCAACUUUUUUCGUCUUGCCAAGCCAAACAGAAAUCGGAUUGGAUUAAAACAAUUUUGGAAAUGUUUUUAUGUUCCGAUUGUAGUUGAACAGUCUGGUAGAACAGAAAGGGCAUAUGAUAUAUAUUCAAGAUUAUUAAAAGAAAGAAUUGUUUGUUUAUUUGGAGGUAUAGAUGAUAAUGUUUCAAGUGUUGUUGUAGCACAAUUGCUUUUUCUCCAGUCAGAGAGUAGAAAAAAACCUAUACACAUGUAUAUAAAUAGUCCAGGUGGUGUUGUGACUGCAGGUUUGGCAAUAUAUGAUACAAUGCAGUUUAUUGAACCACCUAUUGCAACUUGGUGUGUAGGACAAGCAUGUAGUAUGGGCUCACUUUUACUUGCUAGUGGAUCAAAAGGAUUGCGUCAUGCUCUACCACAUUCAAGAAUAAUGUUACACCAACCUCAUGGUGGAGUCCAGGGUCAAGCAACAGAUAUCGCUAUCCAGGCUAAAGAAAUUCUGCAUUUAAAGACAAUGCUUAAUAAAAUAUAUAGCAUUCAUACCGGCAAAGAUGUUGCAAUAUUAGAGCACGCUUUAGAAAGAGAUAAAUUCAUGUCUGCCGAAGAAGCAAAAGAGUUUGGUGUCAUUGAUCACGUGUUAACUCAGUCACUUGAAUCUAAAGUAAACUCUUAGCAAAACCAAGAAAUUGUUAUGAUUUUUUCAUUUCGAAAUGAAUUUUUUGAAAGUUAUUUGAAAGAAAAUUCAGAAUUUUUUU